CCGGUACAUUGUGCCCCGUCAAAACAAGUCCUUCCUGCAUAAGUCCAUGCUGUGAACAGCUGAUGUGUUGUCUCUGUCAGCAAGCGGUGAAACUUUCUUUCCUCAUUUGCUAAGAACAUUUCUCACCAUGACUAAAGAAACCGUCGAGGGAGCAACGGGGGAGGAGCAGCAGGCUCAGUCAAAGAAAGGCCUGAAGAAACAGCAGAAGGAGGCCGAGAAAGCUGCAAAGAAGGCUGAGAAACAGACCAAGCUCGCUGCUGAACAACAGAGCACAGAGGAACCUGAUUUUGCCAAGGACCAAUAUGGUGUACCGGCCAUGGUCCAGUCCCAACAAAAGCUGGACAGGGAAUUGGUGCGCAUCCAAGACCUUACUCCUGAGAAGGCCGACCAACUGAUUUGGAUCCGGGCCAGAGUCCACACCAGCAGAGCCAAAGGGAAACAAUGCUUCUUGGUCCUGCGUCAACAGCAGUUUAAUGUGCAGGCACUGGUCGCAGUGGGAGACCGUGCCAGCAAGCAGAUGGUCAAGUUUGCAGCAAACAUCAACAAGGAGAGCAUUGUCGAUGUUGAAGCAUUGGUGAAGAAAGUGGAGCAGAAGAUCGAGAGUUGCUCCCAGCAGGAUGUGGAGCUUCACAUUGAGAGGAUUUUUGUCAUCAGCCAGGCAGAGGCUCGUCUCCCUCUUCAACUGGAGGACGCUGUGAGGCCUGAUGGAGAGGGGGAGGAGGAAGGCAGAGCCACAGUCAACCAGGACACUAAGCUGGACAACAGGGUGAUUGAUCUCAGGACUACCACCAGCCAGGCCAUCUUUCGCCUGCAGUCUGGAGUGUGCCAGCUCUUCAGAGACACCCUCUCCAAUAAGGGCUUUGUGGAGAUCCAGACCCCUAAAAUCAUAUCAGCUGCCAGUGAAGGUGGAGCAAACGUCUUCACUGUGUCUUACUUCAAAACCAGCGCCUACCUGGCCCAGUCUCCCCAGCUCUACAAGCAAAUGUGCAUCUGUGCCGAUUUUGACAAGGUCUACUGUGUUGGCCCAGUUUUCAGGGCUGAAGACUCCAACACCCACCGUCACUUGACUGAGUUUGUGGGUCUUGAUAUUGAAAUGGCUUUCAACUACCAUUACCAUGAAGUAAUUGACUCAAUCACUGACACAAUGGUGCAGAUCUUCAAGGGCUUGAGAGACAACUUUCAGACAGAGAUCCAGAUGGUGAACAAGCAGUUUCCAAGUGAGUCCUUCAAAUUCCUGGAGCCCACUCUCAGAUUGGAGUACACUGAGGGCUUGGCCAUGCUUCGGGAGGCUGGGAUCCAGAUGGGUGACGAGGAGGACCUCAGUACACCCAAUGAAAAGCUGCUUGGCCGUCUUGUCAAGGAAAAGUAUGACACUGACUUCUAUGUGCUGGACAAGUACCCACUGGCUGUAAGACCCUUCUACACAAUGCCCGAUCCCACCAACUCUAAAUACUCCAACUCAUAUGACAUGUUCAUGAGGGGUGAGGAGAUCCUCUCUGGAGCUCAGAGAAUCCAUGAUGCUCAGCUGCUUACUGAGAGGGCAACUCAUCACCAGAUUGAUCUGGAGAAGAUAAAGUCUUACAUUGACUCCUUCCGGUACGGAGCUCCCCCACAUGGAGGUGGAGGCAUUGGCCUGGAGAGAGUCUGCAUGCUUUACCUUGGCCUCCACAACGUGCGUCAAACCUCCAUGUUCCCACGUGACCCCAAGCGCCUUACACCUUGAACCCUCAAUCACAUGGGCACCACCUGAAUUCACUGGACUACAAAAGGAAAUCCUGGUGAUUAGUCACAAUACUAAUACUGAGUACAGAAAUUUACAGAAAAUAAGAGCUAGUGCCACCCUUUCAAAGGUAAUGUACCAGACUGAUAGCCAUCAAGACCAGGGACUUGAGCUGUAUCAGCAGUAGGGUGUACUAUAGUGUUCGGUGUACAUGGUUGGUUCUCCUUCUAUAACAAAUAACAUAAUACAGAGAGGAUUUUGCUACCAUCAUUUUUGUUGUAAAACUGUGGGCAAUUUAACCAUCUUUUAAUUGAGUGUGUAUCUAUGUUCUUUUCUAUGGGAAUAUCAAAAACUACUCUUGGUACAUAUUUUUAGUCACACUUAUUUUCAGAUUGAGGACUAAUAAUAGAGGUCACAAGCUGUAUGGCUGUAACUACACAUGUUUUGUAACUCAUUUGAGGAUUAAACACAAGUAAUUGGAAGAAUUCUUGAAUCUUUAAUUACUUUGUCUCCUUUUUUGAAUGAUUUGCUCAUGUACUUCUUCAGAAUUUGUUAACGCUAACACAUGAUACAAGUAACUAGUUCAGUCUAAAGCGUAAUACAUUCAUGAAUUUUUAUUUACAAAUGUUAUGCCCAUUACAUAGUGUCUCAAUGUUAUUGUACAUGGCUACAACAAGCAUGCAAACACAAGUACCACAUUCUAAAAAAGGCAAGGCUUAAUACUGGUGGGAAAAAAAUUAUCAUAGUCAAAUCAAUAGUUUUUAAUUUCAACAUUGACAGCUGGUAAUAAACGACUUAUGUGACA